UGCGGGGGGCAGCGGCCGUGGGGUGGGGGGGUCCCCACGGAGGGGGGGAAAGGGGCAUCGCCCGCGGCCGUGGUGUCUGGGCCGCUGGAUGGAAGCGAGCUGGGUGCCGGCUGCCAUGGCUCUGGGGCUCUCCUCCAAGAAAGCUUCCUCCAGGAACAUCGCCGUGGAGAGGAAAAACCUCAUCACCGUCUGCAGGUUCUCGGUGAAGACCCUCCUGGAGAAGUACACGGCGGACCCCAUCGAUGACUCCUCCGAGGAGUUCGUCAACUUCGCCGCCAUCCUCGAGCAGAUCCUCAGCCACCGCUUCAAAGGCCCCGUCAGCUGGUUCAGCUCCGAUGGGCAGCGCGGGUUUUGGGAUUACAUCCGCCUGGCCUGCAGCAAGGUCCCCAACAACUGCGUCAGCAGCAUCGAGAACAUGGAGAACAUCAGCACCUCCAGGGCCAAGGGCCGGGCGUGGAUCCGCGUGGCGCUGAUGGAGAAGCGCAUGUCCGAGUACAUCUCCACGGCCCUGCGGGACACACGGACCACCAGGCGGUUUUACGACGACGGGGCCAUCAUGCUGCGGGAGGAGUCCACGGUGCUCACGGGGAUGCUCAUCGGGCUCAGUGCCAUCGACUUCAGCUUCUGCCUGAAGGGAGAGGUGAUGGAUGGUAAAACGCCCGUGGUCAUCGACUACACGCCCUACCUGAAGUUCACACAGAGCUACGACUACCUGAGCGAGGAGGAGGAGCGGGGCAGCGUGGAGAGCAGCACGAGCGAGGACAGCUCACCUGAACACCCCUACCUGCCCCUGGUCACCGACGAGGACAGUUGGUACAACAAGUGGCGCAAGAUGGAGCAGAAAUUCCGCAUCGUUUACGCCCAGAAGGGGUACCUGGAGGAGCUGGUGCGGCUGCGGGAGUCGCAGCUGAAGGACCUGGAGGCGGAGAACAAGCGGCUGAAGCUGCGGCUGGAGGAGGUGAUGGUGCAGAACCAGCUGGAGAAGAGGGAGCUGGAGGGCGUCAUCCUGGAGCUGCAGGAGCAGCUGUCCCCGGCACCGGUGGCCGUGCCGGGUGCUGAGCACCCGCCUUUGCCGCAGGACGGGGCUGAUCCCCUGCGAGAACCCACAGCUGGCCCAGCUCUCCAAGGAGAUGGUGACCCCCCUGGUCAACCAGUGGCCCUCGCUGGGGACCCUCAACGGCAACGAGAGCGGCUCGGACAGCAAACUCUACAGGAGGCACAGCUUCGUGAGCACCGACCAGCUCUCGGCCGAGAACAGCCUCAGCUCCGACUCCCAGCGCCUGGGCGAGGGCAAGCGCGAAGGCGAGCCCUGGGGGCCCCUGGGGAAGGACCCCACGCCCUCCAUGCUGGGGCUCUGCGGCUCCCUGGCCUCCCUGCCCAGCUGCAAGUCCCUGGCCAGCCUCAAGUCCAACGAGUGCCUGGUGAGCGACAGCACGGAAGCCAGCCCGACCCGCAGCCCCAGCUGAGGCCCCCGGCCCCCUCGCCGCCCCCUGGCCCGGCCGCCCGGCCCAGCAUCGCGGCCCAGGACUGAGCUCGGCCCCCCCUCGCCGCCCCGGGACCCACGAGGGACUCGCCGAACCCACCGGGGAGGCUGGGGAUGGGCAGCCCCCUCCCCAUCUCGACAUCCCACCCCCGGCUGUGCCUCCGCCCCCCCAGCCCGGACCCUGGCUGGAGACAUGGACCCGUUGGGAUGGGGGAUGCAGGACUGGCACCCAGGCGAGCUGGGGAUGGGGGGGAUGAACUGUGCCAUGGGGGGGACAGUGGGAGUGACAGCUGCUGGGGAGCAGGGGGGGGUCAGGGGCAGGCCCCCUCCAGGGAUGAGGGUCUGGGCACAGCCCCGCUGUCUGUCCUGCUCAGCUCUCAGUGCCCACUUGGCCUUCCCCAGCCCUGCCCUGCUGUGGGGGGCUGCCUGUCCCCCACUGUGGGGAUCAGCUGUCCCUCCUUGCUGCGGCAUCCCCACGACAGGGGUAGGACUCCCCUUUCCCCUCCCCAUCCUCCCCUGGGUUUUGGGUUGUUUUGGGUGUUUUUGGUUUUUAUUUUGGCCCCAUCUGCCUUGUUGGAGCAAAAGGAAAUCAAUAAACGCAGCAAGCAGA